AUGUCUGCAGCAAUUGCACAACCUGACAACCGCUCCGUGAUGAGCACACAUUCGUCUACAGCAUCGAACAAGCCUUCGAAAGAAGAGAACAAGGAGUCUGGCCUAGUUGAGAUCCCAGUGAAGCCUGCCUCCGCCUAUAUUACGGUGUCUUUGUUGUGUAUCCUAGUUGCAUUUGGUGGUUUCAUCUUUGGAUGGGAUACAGGUACGAUUUCUGGUUUCGUGAACCAGUCCGAUUACAAGAAUCGCUUUGGUGAAUUGAAUGAGAGUGGUGACUACUACCUAUCUGACAACAGAACUGGCCUGAUUGUGGCUAUCUUCAACAUUGGUUGUGCCGUUGGUGGUAUUUUCUUGUCUAAGUUUGCUGAUAUGUACGGCCGUCGUAUCGGGUUGAUGAUUGUUACCCUAGUCUACGUUAUUGGUAUCGUUGUCCAGAUAAGUUCCACCGACAAAUGGUACCAAUACUGUAUUGGCAGAGUCAUCUCUGGUCUAGGUGUUGGUGGUAUUGCUGUUUUGUCGCCAAUGUUGAUCUCCGAGACCUCUCCAAAGCACUUGAGAGGCAUGUUGGUUUCUUGCUAUCAAUUGAUGAUUACUGCUGGUAUCUUUGUCGGUUACUGCGCCAACUACGGUACAAAAGCCAAAUAUGAAGACUCGAAGCAAUGGAGAAUCCCAUUGGGUCUUUCUUUUGCGUGGGCUAUCCUUAUGAUCGGAGGUAUGGUCCUCGUUCCAGAGUCUCCUCGUUACUUGGUCGAGGUCAACAAAUAUGAGGAUGCUAAGAGAUCUCUAGCCAGAUCCAACAAGGUUCCUGUGGACGACCCAUCGAUCCAAGCUGAGUUUGACAACAUCCAUGCUGGUAUUGAGUUGGAGAGAAUGGCAGGUUCCGCUUCUUGGGGUGAGCUAUUCUCUACUAAGAGCAAGAUUCUACAGCGUGUUAUUAUGGGUGUUAUGAUCCAAUCUCUACAGCAGCUAACUGGUAACAACUACUUCUUCUACUACGGUACUACUAUUUUCAAGUCUGUCGGUUUGGAGGAUUCUUUCCAGACCUCGAUCAUCUUGGGUGCUGUGAACUUCGGUUCCACCUUUGUUGCUGUCUGGGCUGUCGGUAAAUUUGGCAGAAGACGGCUGAUGCUAGCCGGUGCCGCGGCUAUGACUGUCUGUAUGGUGAUCUUCGCUUCUAUUGGUGUGACUAAGUUGUGGCCUAACGGGGAGGACCAGCCUUCAUCUAAGCCAGCUGGUAACGUCAUGAUCGUCUUCACCUGUAUCUACAUUUUCUGCUUCGCGACUACCUGGGCACCAAUUCCGUUCGUCAUCGUUUCGGAGACUUUCCCAUUGAGAGUCAAGGCCAAGGGUAUGGCUAUUGCCACAGCCGCGAACUGGAUCUGGGGUUUCUUGAUCGCCUUCUUCACUCCUAAGAUCACCAACGCCAUCAAGUUCAACUACGGCUACGUGUUCAUGGGCUGCUUGAUCUUCGCCUUCUUCUACAUGUUCUUCUUUGUCCCAGAGACAAAGGGUUUGACUUUGGAAGAGGUCGAGGAGAUGUGGCAGGAGGGUGUCGUCCCAUGGAAGUCCGAGUCCUGGACUCCUUCCUACAAGAGAAAUGCUUACGAGACUGAGGAGGUGAAGCCAGAGAAGACCUGGGCUUAA